AUGAAGCUGGUGCCAGUCGCCUUGAUAUACUUGGGCUCCCUCGCCUUCCUAGGCGCCGAUGCUGCGCGGCUCGACGUGGCGUCGGAAUUCCGAAAGAAAUGGAGUAAAUGGGCUCUAAGCCGUGGAAAGAGGGACCUACUGGCGUCUAGCAGCCACCCCACCAGUCUUAUGGACGUGAAGGCCGGGCCUGUGCAGACUGUUAUUCAGCCCCAGGACGUGAAGGCAGCCUCUCAAACCAGCAACCUGGACGCUGCCCGCAUCCGAGUCAAGCGCUUCCGCCAGAACAGCUACAAGAACCUGCGAACUUUUGGCUGCCGCUUCGGGACGUGCACUGUGCAGAAACUGGCGCACCAGAUCUACCAGUUCACAGACAAGGACAAGGACGGUUUUGCCCCUAGACACAAGAUCAGCCCCCAGGGCUACGGCCGCCGACGCCGGCGUUCUCUGGCCGAAGCCGCGGGGGGUCGGACCCUGUUGCCCCUGGAACCACGAGUACGCGGGGUAAAGCCUCGGGGGCACCAAGUACUCGCCGCCCCCUUCAGGAUUGAAGCGCAAACGGCUGCAGCAGCAUCCCGCUGGCGCCUCCCGGGGGCGGAGGGCUUCCCCGACCCGAGGUCUAAAUUAGCCUUACACGGGACGGGCCGAGAUAAGAGUCCUGCAAAGAUCUCGACUGUUGGCGGCGAGUUCUGGCUUUGCAGGGGCUCCUCCUCGUGGGACAGAGCUCCUUUCGUCCAGAUCCGAACCGAGUACCCCGGGGAGACUGCGGAAUCCCAGGGACUACCCAGGCUCGCAGAGAGGAGAAAUUGA